GGCUGGUGACUGAGAGAGGAGAGGCGGUAGAGAGCAGAGCAGAGCAGGAGAGAGCGGACAGGCAGACAGACAGACAGACACAGAGGAGUCCCAGGAGGUAGACUCAGACGUUUCCUAAGAUGGCGGAAAGCGCAGACAUGGAGCAGCUGAUGUCCUCCUUUAAGAAGUUUGCUAUCCACGGUGACACCAAGGCGACAGGCAAGGAAAUGAACGGCAAAAACUGGGCCAAGCUGUGCAAGGACUGCAAGAUCAUCGACGGCAAGAACGUCACCAGUACGGAUGUGGACAUCGUUUUUACCAAAGUCAAAGCGAAGACGUCUCGGGUCAUCACCUACGAGGAGUUCCAGAAGGCUCUGGAGGAACUAGCACCCAAGAGGUUCAAAGGUCAAAGCAAAGAGGAGGCCCUGAAUUCCAUCUACAAGCUCAUUGAGGGCAGGGAGCCGACCAAUGUAGGAGUCACGAAAGUGGCCAAGACGGCAGCCGUGGACAGACUGACAGACACUACCAAGUACACGGGCUCCCACAAGGAGCGCUUCGACGACACGGGGAAAGGGAGAGGGAAAGGCGGUCGUGAAGAACUGGUGGAAAAGACGGGCUACGUUGGAGCGUACAAGAACGCAGGCACGUACGAGGAGAAGACCAAAGCCAAGUAGCGGCCUAAGGAUAAUGCCAACCAAUAUUUUAUACCCUGCCCCCAUCUCUGAGCUUUCAGGAAGAGGAGCCCAGGUUGUUGAGCUCGGUUCUAUAGCACUUAGGACUGGACCAAACCCUGAACCCUAACCCAUGGUCGCCCUGUUAAACCCUAUAGGCAGAGGCAUGAUAAAAUGGUUUGAAGUUUGAACGUAGUCGAAAGUGUGUGUGUGUGUGUGUUUGAGUGUGUGUAUGGGAACAUGGCACAGGGGAAUGACAGCAUGCUUUUUGACUAUGUGUGGGUUUAAGAAUGUUUCAUAGGUUAAGCUAAUUUUCUUGUCCAUCAUAAUGUGGAAAUGUGUUUACAGACAAGAUGCUAUCAGCAUGGCCCUGAUCAUUGUGACACGUGACCUGACCCUGUAUGUCGUAACGGAAACAACAUAACUUGCCUACGCAUGAUACGUGAUAAAUUGCACUGUGACGUUCUUAAACAGGAGUUCUUCUGGACUAAAGAUUUCUUCCAAUAAGUAAAUGCCACCUCGGGAGGAAAGACUUUAACAUGGAAUUCAGGUUUACUCUUCAACCAGGAGCAAGUCUUGUAAGGAGUUGAUAGGUCUUUCCAGCCAAAUUUCUUUUUUUUUUUCUGCAAUCCUGUUUUAAUCUUUACUUUUACUUUUGUUUGUAUUUUCCGACAAGCUUUUAGUGAAACCAUUUUUAUUUCGGGUUUUAAAACGUUUGCUUUGAAACAACUGUAUAUUACUUGUAAUUCAUGUGUUCUUUGAUUAGGAUUGUUUUGUUUUUGUUGUGUAAAUACAGCAACUGGAAAAUUACUGCAAUGAAAAUUUGUUUGUUACAUUUGAAUGGAAAAAAUAAUAAAAAGUGGUUAUUUUA